AUGGGACCGGCUGCCUUGGGAAGUAGUGGGCUCCCUGAUGGCGAGGGGCUCAAGCGCGAUAGAGGGUGUAUUGAGCAGAGGGAUGACCGGGAAGGGCUGGACUUGAGGAAGACCCUGUGGAUGGCUGAAUGGAGGGACAGAGGUUCGGCUGAGCUGGCGCGGGAAAGGGAAGAGAUGGCGGCAGGGUCAGCCAGGGAAAAUGCCCAGGGGAGGGCAGGCCGGCUGGGGGCCGCGGGGUUGGGCCGGGGCCCCAGACUGGGCUUCUUGGGGGUGUUUCCCAUCUCACCGGUUCCUUUAUUCCUCAGGGUGGUGAAGGAAGAGAUUUCUGACGACAACGCCAAGCUGCCCUGUUUUAAUGGAAGAGUGGUCUCCUGGCUGGUCCUGGCGGAGAAUUCCCACUCCGACGCUGGAUCUCAGUGCACCGAAAGCCUCACGGAUCUGCCCCCGCCCAUCGAACGGACCGGGGGCAUUGGGGAUUCCCGGCCACCCUCCUUUCAGGUCCUGGUCUACGCCGCCCUCUGCUGGCCGGGCCCAGAGCUCCAUGAGAGGCCUCUGUACUGGCCUUGGGGGCCCGGAUCUCAGAUCUUUGUCUACGCCGCCCUCUGCUGGCCGGGCUCGGAGCUCCAUGAGAGGCCUUGGGGGCCCGGAUCUCAGAUCUUUGUCUCCUGCCCUCUGGCGGGCCCCCUCCAUGAGGGUCUGACUGGCCGGGGCCUGGAUCCAGAUAUUUGGCCACUGUCUCUGCGGCCCCAGAGAUCUAUGAGAGGCCUUGGGGUGGAUCCCAGAUUUUACACCCCCCUCUGGCGGGCCCAGAGCUCCAUGAGAGGCCUUGGGGAGUCUAAUCCCGGCCCCACCCUCCUUGGCCGGGCCCAAACCUCCAUGAGAGGGCCUUGGGGGCCUGGAUCUCAGGCCCUGGUCUAUGCCACCCUCUGCUGGCCGGCCCAGAGCUCCAUGAGAGGUCUCUGUACUGGCCUUGGGGGCCUGGAUCUCAGAUCUUUGUCUAUGCCGCCCUCUGCUGGCCGGAGCUCCAUGAGGGUCUCUGUUUGGCCUUGGGGGGCCCGGAUCUGGGCUGGCCUCACUGUCCUCUGUGGGGGCCCAGAGAUCUAUGGGGGCCUUGGGGCCCAGAUCUCAGAUUGCCUCCUGCCCCUGCUGGCCGGGCCCAAACCCCAUGGGGGCCUUGGGGCCUGGAUCUCAGGCCCUGGUCUAUGCCACCCUCUGCUGGCCGGCCCAGAGCUCCAUGAGAGAUACUGGCCUACACUGCCCUCUGCUGGCCGGGCCCAGAGAUCUAUGAGAGGCCUUGGGGGCCCAGAUCUCAGAUACUGGCCUACACCGCCCUCUGCUGGCCGGGCCCAAACCUCUAUGAGAGGCCUUGGGGGCCUGGAUCCCAGGUCCUGGUCUACACUGCCCUGUGCUAGCCAGGCCUAUAGUUCCAUAAAGGGCCUUGGGGGCCUGGAUCUUAGGUCCUGGUCUCCCCCUCGGCGGGCCCAGGCCCAUGAGGGUUCUGUACUGGCCUUGGGGGCCCGGAUCUCAGAUACUGGCCCCUGCCCUCCUGGCCCGGGCCCAGGUCUAAGAACCUUGGGGGGCUUGGAUCUCAGGCCCUGGUCUAUGCCGCCCUCUCCUGGCCGGGCCCCUGGAGCCAGUUUCCCCGUUUCAUGGGCUCUUGGGGCUCUCAGAGGCCAUCCCGUCCAUUUCACAGUUGAGGGGCCCGAGGGCCCGAAGUCCAACCCCUCCCCAUGCGGGAUUUGGGCGGCCAGUCCGAUGGUCACCAGGGCCCCCCUCCCCCCUCGCACCAGCCCCCGGAGGUUCCCACCCUCGGCGCUGCGGCUCCAGGGGACGGCCUGCGGCCACCCGGCUGUGUGUGGAACGGGAGGAACCCACGAGGAUGCCCCUCGCAUCAACGGGCACCCCAAACUGGAGCGCCGCCGCGAGCCCGGCACCUACGACAGCGCCUCCACCGUGCUGAGCAGCGAGCUGGAGUCCAGCAGCUUCAUCGACUCGGAGGACGAAGACACCAGCAGGUUGAGCAGCUCCACUGAGCAGAGCACCUCCUCGCGGCUCAUCCGGAAGCACAAGCGUCGGAGGAGAAAGCAAAGGAUGCGCCAGAUUGACCGGUCUUCCUCAUUCAGUAGCAUCACGGACUCUACCAUGUCUCUGAACAUCAUCACGGUCACCCUCAACAUGGAGAAGUACAACUUUCUGGGCAUCAGCAUCGAUAGGGGUGGAAACAGCCGGCCGAGGCGAUUGCUCCUACGCUCGGGACUUGGCCAGGGUCCAAGCCCCGAUAAUCCCAGAAGAGCCAGGAAAUGGGAAGAACGGCUGGGACCGCACCCGUUGGGUGCUCUGCCCACCCCCUCGAUGGCACCUCUCCCCUCCCAGGUGAAUGACGUCAAUUUUGAGAAUAUGAGCAAUGAUGACGCCGUGCGAGUGCUGAGAGAGAUCGUCUCCAAGCCCGGACCCAUCAGCCUCACGGUGGCCAAGUGCUGGGACCCCACGCCCAGGAGCUACUUCACCAUCCCUCGGGGUAAGUGCUGCCUUCUAGGUCUCAUCUCUUCCUCCUCCGUGGGGCAGGAAGAAUGGGCUCCUCCCUCCCGGCCCAUCCAGGCUGAGGGACGCAGGGGAUGUGUCUCCCUUUCAGAACUCGAGGAAUCUCCCCUGACUGUGAAGAGUGACAUGGGGGCCAUCGUGAAAGUCAUGCAGCUUCCGGACUCGGGCCUUGAGAUACGGGACCGGAUGUGGCUGAAAAUCACUAUCUCAAACGCGGUCAUCGGGGCAGAUGUGGUGGACUGGCUUUACACACACGUGGAGGGCUUCAAAGACCGCCGGGAGGCCCGCAAGUACGCCAGCAGCAUGCUGAAACACGGCUACCUGAGGCACACCGUGAACAAGAUCACCUUCUCCGAGCAGUGCUAUUACGUCUUUGGUGACCUGUGCAGCAAUCUGGCGGCACUCAAUCUCAACAACGGUUCUGGUGGAGCCUCGGACCAGGACACGCUGGCCCCGCUCCCCCACCCUGCGGCCCCGUGGCCCGUGGGGCAGGGGUACUCUUAUCCCUACCCUGUGCCUCCCCCGGGCUUCCCCCCCGCCUACCAGGACCCGGGCUUCAGCUACGGGAGCGGGAGCGCGGGGAGCCAGCAGAGCGAAGGAAGCAGGAGCAGCGGCUCGAACAGGAGCGCCAGCGAGAGCAGCCGGCGGGCACUGGGGCGGGAGAAGGAGCGCCGGACAGGGGCCGGGGGCAGUGGGGGCAGCAGUGAGUCGGAGCACACGGUGCGCAGUGCGGCGGGCAGCGGGGGCCGGCGGGAGCGUCCGCCCAGCCAGCUCAGCCGGGGCAGCAGCCCCCGGAGCCAGCUCUCCACCGGUGCCCCCGGGCUGCCCCCACUGCACCCCCUGCCCAAGGCGGGCACCAGGGCGCUGACCACGCUCAGCGGCCCCCCCGGGGGCCCACCUGUGCGCGAGCUGGCCGCGGUGCCCCCCGAGCUCACUGGCAGCCGCCAGUCCUUCCAGAAGGCCAUGGGCAACCCCUGCGAGUUCUUCGUGGACAUCAUGUAAGGGAGAAAGUGCCUUCAGACCUCCCUCCCCCACCCGGGGCCACGUCUUUGGAGGAGGAUUCGAAGGCUUUGGUGAAAAGGACAAUAACGGCCGAGCCCCCUCAGCCCCGCCUUGGAGGGGGAAGUGCCAAAUCCCCCCUUCAGCAGGCUUGCUCCCUAGAGCCCCCCUCAGUGCCCAGAGGACAGCACCCAGUCAGCAGCCGCGGCGGGUGGGCCUCGGAUUCCCACCAGCUCCCAAUCCUCUUCCCCUUCCUGUCUCUCAGGCCGGGCCGGAGCCCGCAGCCGGCCGCGGGAGGGACCCGGCGCGAGCGGCCCCAGCAGUCACGGGCCGGGGGCUCCUUUCCUGGGGGUCUCAGUGCCCCAUCCGCGCGCCUGAGGGGUAGGAGAGAGCUCCCGGGGUGGGUGGGACUCGGGGCUAGGGUUCUGGCCCCUCCCCUCGAGCUGGCAGCGGGCCACGGGCCGUUCCCGGAGGGCUGAGCUAGCUCGGCCGAAGCCAGAGGCAGAGACCCCAGGUGGCCCAGGCUCCGGCCCCAGGCCUGUGGGUGACCCGGGCUCCAGCCCGGUCCGAUCGGGGUGUUUGGGGGCGGGCUCGGGAGCUGGGAAAGGCUCAUCCCUGCGUGUCUCUAACGGCCGCCCCUGAGGGGAGCGGGAUGAUGAUGCUCCCGGCCCGGGGGGAGGGUGACCUGGAGACGUCCGUCCAAGCCUGGGGUGUCUUGUCCGCAGUGAGAAGUACGUCCCGCCCCGUCUGGGGAGCUCCGCCCCCCCGCCCUGAGCCCCUCCCCUCGGCCCGGACGCGCCUCGGCUCUCUUCUCGCCCUUGUUCUCUUGUCCCCUGGGUGUCCCAGCUGAGAGGUCCCCUGCCCCGCUGCGGCACGGCCGGCGGCGAUGGGGGGGGGGGCGGGCAGUGGUGGGAGGAAAGUUUCGGCUCCCCCCCCUUCUCCAGAUCUGAAUCUGGGAGUAAAUCAUCCCCACUCCCGCCCCCGGUGGUUUGGGGGAGCCCUAACAGUGCUGUCUUAUUUAUUUAUUUAUUGCACCAGGCCUUGAGGGCGGGUCCCCCUCCCCGGUCCCCGCGGCGGGUCCCCUCCCGUAGCUGGCCGAGUUUGCCCCGGCUCCCCCAGCCCCGGCCCGUGAGGUGGAGAGGAGAGCAGGGGGCGGCGGGGGCCAGGCCGAGAACGGAGGGGACUCCGGCCGGCCCGCCUUCCUGUUUGCUUUGUUUGCAUCUAACGGAAUGAGCAUGGUUUGUUUUUCAAGGGCAACGUUACUCUAAGCAGUGAUUGGCAGAAACCACGCGGGCCUGCGUAGGUACCGAAGUGUAGGGGGCGGGGACAAAGGCGAAGAAAUAAUGCACGCCCCUCCCCCCGGCUCUUGUCUCCGCAGUGCCCCUCCCCCCCGUCUGUUUCCAGGUGUGUCCGGCCCGGCCCCCUCACCUGGCCUCAGGUGUGCCCGUCCCAGGGGGCCUCGGCUCGUGUGGAACCCACCGCUUCCUGUCCAGUGUCUCGCUUCCACAGGAUUCGAUUCUGUAGAUACUGUAUCAAAGCCCAAGUGUCUGUAUAGUUAAUAUAUAGCUGCAUCCGUGUAAAUGCCGCUUCCGUGUAAAUGCUAUUUUAAACACUUAAAAAAAAAAAAAAAGCUUUUAAUUUUAUGUGA